CGCUAGAGAAAGGAUGUAGCGCGAUCCUGCGCGUCAGCCCCCGCCGCAGACAGAGGCGUUGUGGGAUGUGGUGCCAGGGGGCACCCCCUUGGGAAUGGGACCGAAGAGAGCUGACGGCGGCCAAGGAGGGGCUGGAUCUGGAGAGGGAAGGGAAGGAGGACUGCGCACCGGGAGCCCGCGCGGCGGCCCGGGCCUGGUGCCCGGGCAAAGGAAGAGGGCUCGCGGACACGCGUUCGACGCGGGGCCGGAGAGGAUCUCCGGGGCACCUCUGGCUCUCUGGCCGGCUUGCUUCCCCGCAGUCGCUCCCUCGGUCCUUCGCUGGCGCGCGCAUCCCCUCCCACCCCAAGGAGGAGUUUUGGGUGGCGUGGGCCCCGUCCUCUUGGCUCGUGGGAACGGUGCGCCCAAGAGAGUCAGUCUCGUGGACUCAAACCCGACGAGCCCAGCGCCGAUGAGUGCCAGGGCGCCCAAGGAGCUGAGGCUGGCUCUGCCGCCGUGUCUCCUCAACCGGACCUUUGCUUCCCCCACCGCCGGCGGCAGCGGCAACGUGAGCGCCCGUGGCCCGGGCGCAGGCGGCGGCGGCGGCGGCGGCACCUGCAUCACGCAGGUGGGACAGCAGCUCUUCCAGUCCUUCUCCUCCACGCUGGUGCUGAUCGUCCUGGUCACCCUCAUUUUCUGCCUCAUCGUGCUGUCCCUCUCCACCUUCCACAUCCACAAGCGUAGGAUGAAGAAGCGGAAGAUGCAGCGGGCUCAGGAGGAGUACGAGCGGGAUCACUGCAGCGGCAACCGGGGCGGCGGGGCGCUGCCCCCAGCCGGCGGCCAGGCUCCAGCCCACGCGAAAGAGACCCGUCUGGAGAGGCAGCCCCGGGACUUGGCCCUCCGGGCCCCGUCCGGCGCCGGCGCCUCCUCUCCGCCCCCUGGCCUCCUGUGCCAGGGCCCCUGUGCUCCUCCACCUCCUCCACCUGCCCCCGGUCCACGAGGAGCACGCGCAGCCUCCUCCUGUUUGGACCAAGCUGGCGAGGGCCUCUUGCAGACGGUGGUACUGUCCUGAUCGUCUCAGCCCUCCCUCGUUUCGAGCGUCUUUGCCAUCCUCGCCUGUCCGCCCUCCGGCCUUCCUUUUCCCCUUUCCUCUGGCCUCUUUCCUCUUCAUUCUUUCCUUAUCCGCCCUCCCCUUACUGUUUCUCCUCCGCCGAGGCACUGUGCGGUAUUUGUAAAUAUUGGGCAAGGAAAGUCUCGGAAGAAGAAAUAACGCUGAUAAUACUUUAUUCUUCAUAUUUAUAGUAAUUAUUAUAAUACUAAUAACACAAUUCAAGCGCAUGACAAAUCACAUAAUGUCUCGUCAAUGAAGGACGCGUCUUCUCUCUCCACCCUGCACCCCCCACAAUCAGGAGGAGAAACCGCACAAGCUACCAAAUACUCAAAGGCACUGACCCCCGGGGACCUGGAGGGAGGGGGCCCGGCGUGUUGUACAUAGCCGCCAAGUCGAGGUCCAGGGACCCACCUGCGUCUCCGCCCCGAGCUGUCACCUUUCCUUCAGCUCUCCCUUCCGUCCUCCUUCCCACGCUCGGCCGGGCUCAGGCAGUAGCACAGGAUACAGAAAACGUCUGCAUUAGCACCAAGACUGUAAGAGACCUUCGAGAUGGUCCCGGGAAAGCGUGUAGGCAGGUACCGCUCUCCAGUCAGCCCUCUCCUCACCUCUUAGUCAUUCCCUUUUCUAGGACCAGGUAUUUUAAUUUACUUUUAGAAAUUUCCCUCGCUGGCCGAGCAUAAGUACAUUGAAAAUCUUUAAAUAAAUUUAAAAAACUAAUCUGCUUUAGCUCCCUGCCCCGCCCCCUCCUGUACACCUUUGAUUCCGGGCAUUUUCAGGAUUCACAGGGACCCGGGAGAUAUCCAGCCAGGUCUGGUGCUGAAAUUGCCUCACCGAACUGGCUCUUUUGGUUGUGCAGGCAGAGGAGGGGCUAUUUUGGAAAGUGACUAUUCUAGCUUUUUGUUGCUUUCUUUCUUCUUUUUCUACAAUCAGGUUUGCGUGUACUGUUGGUUUUCUUAUUAUUAAACAUUGCAUAAGUUACCUUUUUUUUUGUAAAAAAAAAAAAAAGUAUUAGGUAAUGUGCAGUCCUGAAAUGCAGUAUCUAACCAACCAGAAUGUUUCUGUUUAAUUUUUAGAACAAGUGCACCUUUGUUAUAUAUUAUAUUGGUACCAAAUACAGAAGCAAACAAUAGUUCUGUACUCGUCUUCUAAACUGUAUAUUCUUGUUCUUAAUUUUCAGCUGUUGAUAUAAUGGUUACCACUGGAUGAGGAGUUCAGUGGUGCAGGCCUGGCUUUUUCUGUUUCUAGAAGUGUUCUUUUGUACCUUACUCUGUAGUAGACUGUUAUAAAAAGAUGACACAUAUGUUUUCUUUUUUCUUUUGUGAAUAAUGAAACAACCACAACAAAAAACAGACAAAUAAUGGAUGUGCCGGAAUGCCAUCUAUUAAAACAUGGUUAAUAUUUAAACAGUGCCUGUAGUCCUCCCUGCAUGCAGUUACCACCUGGAGGCAGUGAUGUGUGUGCUUGCUUGUAGUGUAUGUGUUUGGGGGUGAGACUGGUGGGGACGCUGGGCAAUUUGGAUGACAGGACAUGCGAAUUUCAAGAGAAGUGAAACCCAGUAAUUACUUGUAUAAAAAAUGUUUAGUAGAAAUCCAUGCCUGCACCUGAGAUUCAGCAAAGGAAGGGCUCUUUCUCUUUCUCAGUCUGGCUUACCUAACUUUAGUGAAUACAUGAAGAAAGACUGAGAAAAAAAAGUGAGAGAAGAAGGUCAAUAUUUUUGUUCUCUCUCCUAAUGUGAGACAAGGCCAUCUAUGUUAGAAAUGGAAUUCACCACUUUGUUUCCCUUGGAUUGAUGAUAGAAGGGGCCAGAAACAUAUUACAAUCUUAAUAUAGAUGCAGUGGCAGCCUUUCUUGGCAACCAAUUAUUUGACAGUUAUUCAAACAUUUGAAAAAUGUAUGUAUGAGAAUGUCCUACAAAAAGCUCAGCUGAAAGAGUCCUUGCUAACCUGCAGGGCGUAAGGCAAAACAGUGCCCUGAACUAAGUGCAUUCCUCUCCCAAGGAACUAGUAAUUCUAAAUUCUCUGUCUUAGCUCCGGGCAUACAUGCUCUUAUCCAGAGAAAACAUUACCUCUGAGGUUUUAGGUCAUCUCUUAGAUUGUCCAAGCUCGAUCUAUUCAUUUAUAAAAAUAAUCCAAUAAGCUUCAUUUUAAUCACCCAUUAGAUUUUCACUCAAGUCCUUUACUGAAGCACAGAGGAUCAUCAUUUAAACAUGCCAUGUUGUAAUAUUAGGAAGACCAGGUAUAAUCUUUGGGUACAAUAUUAAACAAUGAACCAGAUUCUCUCCAGUGCCUUAGUCACUUCUAGUAAUAGGUAAAAGAGUGCAUUAACUCCCUCACGCCACUAGGGAAUCCUUUAGUGCAUCAGAGCUCUGCAUUGUACAUCAGAAUGACUAAGGCACUGUGAAGAAGAAAGACCAUUAAGUUUUGUAGCUCACCCUCAUCCAGCUGUAGCUCUUUAAUACCUUAUUACAGAAUGACUUUUGAACUUGAAAUCUGAAUAGAAUCAGGGACUCAGAAGGGCGCCUUCUCAUUUCCAAUGAGCUCCAGUAAGUGCGUGGAUAUUACUUUCUCUCCUUAUUUGGUGCACUUUUUACAGUGAAUAAUUUCCCAUUUUACUAAGGCAAUAAGAUGUUCUGUUGUCAGCAGUGCUGGAUGAUGAUUCCAUUUCCUUGGUGCUGAAGUUACUCAUAGAUUCUUGCCUUAUGAAUCACAGUGCAUUUAAGGCAUGCAAUAAUAACCCCCAUUCAAGGAGCAACCUGUACACUCUAGGAGUAAUUAUGAAAUUGUCCUAUAUAAUUUUUCUCCCAAAGAAUAGAGAAGACAGGAGAAAAAAAGAAUUAUGUAUAUUGUUUUUAAAAAUGAUCAUGAUACCUCUAAACAUGGGCCCACAUCCGUAAAAUGUUUUUAUUGUGCACCUUUAAAUAUAUAAGCCUUUCUUCAUUAAUUGACUAUGGUUUGCUAUUUUUAUAGUCCUCUGUGUAAAGAUGAUGCAGUUUGUGAGUCAAGUCUCAUGCUGCGUUUAAUAUACUUGGAACUCUAAGUUUCUGGUUGUGUCACUUGAAAGCUUUUAUGAGAUAGAAAAGUACAUGAAAUUCUAGUAAUAUCAAUCCUCACACCAAAUUACUGCAAUAAGCACAUACCCAAGCAAUUCACACAACCCUGUAAAGCAUUAUUUCUUAUAGAGCUCAACUGACAGUCUCAGGAGUUUGGGAUGCAGCCAAUGAGGCAUUUUGGAUUUCAUUUAUAUGAAAAAAGGCAAUCUGGAAAAAACUAAAUUUAUUUUAAGGAUUUUAUUCACUGAUGUCCCGUCAAACUAAUUGCUUCAAAUCCCUAUAGUUACAGUUCCAACUUCUGCACUUGCUAUUCAGUAUUAAUAAGGUGGCAUGCUUGAUUCUUACUGUUUUUUAAAAACUGGGCAGAGAAUACCAUUUUGUCAAUUGUAUGGGACUCUGAAUGUUAAAGAUAUAGAUGGAUAUAAUCUUCCUUAGAAUUUAUAUACACCCAUAGAUAUGUAUUUAUAUACACAUACAUUUUGUACAAAUUUACACUGGACUUUUUGUAUUCUCUUUUCUGUCAUUACAAGAAUGAGAUGGAAACCAAAUAGCUGUUCCAUCCUCUUCUGCAGAGGAUACUGAGAAGUCAGGUAUAUGCAUGCACUUAUUCUUUGGGAUUAAAUCUGAAUGACUGUCUCUGUAUUUAAUGAAAGGGAGAGUCCUAGUUGGCUUGGGGAAUUGGUAAUUAGGUAAGCUUUCUUUCCUAGCUAAUGACUGAAAUGUAAAUGUAGCAAUGGUAAUGAACUUAUGACCAUGUCUAUGUGGUCUAAAUAUCUGAUGGAAAGCAAAAAUAUCUAGAAGUUUAAGGCUAUCUAGACCACAAAACUGGAUUAUGCUUGAUUUUUUUUAUUUUCAAUUUACAUGUUGUGUGAAGAUAGACCUUAUAUCUGCAUAGCUAAAGGUAAAAUGAAAAUAUGACUAAAAUAUCUGUUUAGUUUGAUUAGUUAUUUUUUAAUAUAGAUAAAUUAGCUUUAAAAACUUUGGUAACUGAUUUUUGCACCAUUUUCUAUAUUAAUUGAACUAAUUAAACAAUGGUUAAAAUUCCAUUUUUUUUGCCAUUGUGCAAACAUAUGAUUUAAAUACUUCUCUUUGGGUGACAGGUGAGCAAUUGCUAGCUGAUAUUAUGUGGAAGCUAUAGGUUAAAUUAGAGCCAGAAACUUUAAUCUAAUCUGAUCAGGCUUCUUAGGUCCAUUUCCAUGUGAAUUUUGGACUUUGAAUAUGAUUCUGAAAAACCACUUUUCUGGGCUAUCCUUUUUUGCAACUAGUGGUUGUGGUUCAUAGAUGUUUUAGUUCACAUUAGAAUGAGUUAACCUAUCUACAGAGGGAUAUUUAAUCAUUGGAUGAGACAUAAAUGUGAUUCUGAUUUGGUUUUUUAUUUAUUUGAUAGCAUUUGAUAAACAGCUUGAUGACUUGACACCAAUACUUAUUAAUGUCUCCAAUCUAAUAAUACAACUGGUAUCAUGUAGGAAUGCUUAGCUAAGAAUAAAAAUUUAAUUAACUUUAAUUAGGAACAAUGUCUUACCAAGGUGGUCCUACCUGUUUGAGGCAUGGACACUUAUGAUUUCAUUGGGUUGUUUCUACAGAGAGCAACAAUAGUGAUGACAAGCAUAGUAACAGAAAAACUGAUUUUUUGAACUUAAGUAUAUCAGACA